AUGGUACUAGCGCAAAGAUAUAUUAAUGCUCGGAACCUCAAAGGACUCACAGCACUUGACAUCCUUGACCAGGCUAAGGACAGUGCAGAAAACCGGCGUCUUGAAGCCAAGUUUGUUAAAGCCGGUGGCAGAAGAAGUAUCAAAUUGUUAUCUCGUUCACCUGCGGAAGAAAGAACCAACAGUCAACGUCUGCCUAACAUGCAGGGUUGCAUUGCCACUGAAUUGGAAAUGCCCAUCAUGAAUGAAAUGGUCUCUCCUGAAAGCAAAAGCUCGCCUAGAUUCAGCCUGGGAACCAGCUCCAGAAUAUCAUCACCACAGUUUCAAGCUGGAGAGACAUUCGACUGUGCAACAUACCGAAGAGAUUCCUUAUUCCCACCUAAUAUGCGUCAACACAAGCAUCUUAACAAAGGGCUCCAGGAAAAUAUAGGUGAGAGUUACACAAGUUACCGACAUAAGCAGCAUGCAAUAUACAUGGAAGCAUUGCAAAAUGCUAGGAACACUAUCAUUCUAGUUGCCAUUUUGAUCGCAACAGUUACUUUUGCUGCUGGAAUCAGCCCUCCUGGUGGUUUGUAUCAGCAAGGAAAAUCGAGAGGGAAGUCAAUUUUAGGCGGAACGUUAGCUUUCAAGGUCUUUGAGAUAAGCAACAACAUUGCAUUGUUCACCUCUCUGUCCAUAGUGAUUGUUCUUGUCAGCAUCAUCCCCUUCCGGAGAAAGUCACUGAUGAUACUGUUGACAGUGGCUCACAAGGCCAUGUGGGUAGCUGUGGCAUUCAUGGCAACAAGUUAUGUUGCAGCCACAUGGGUGGUGAUGCCACAAAGUAAGGGGACAAAAUGGAUGUUCGUGAUGCUACUAGCAGUAAGCGGUGCCACACUGGUAGUGGUUUUUAUUGUUCUGAGUGUGAUGCUGGUUGAGCACUGGUUGCGGAAAACAAAGUGGAGGAAACUAAGAAAGGAUAGCAGGGAGGGAGUUGCAGAUCGGGAUCCUGACAUGGAAAGCCAAAAUUCAGAUGUUGAGAGCUCAUACCUGCAAGGAUAUCACUCAUACUGA